AUGCUUGUGCCGCCGCCGAACUUUGGUAUGGUGGAAGACAGCCUGUACCGCUCUGGGCAGCCGGACCAGCUCAAUUUUCCGUUUCUGGAAAAGCUGGGACUCAAGAGCGUGAUUUGGCUCGCGCCUGAAGAGCCCGAUAUCGGCUUUCAGCACUUUUGCCACGACCAGAAUAUCACCAUGCAUCACCUGGGCGUGCUGUACAGCACAAACGCAUGGGAUCCCAUCACGGAGGAGAUUGUGCUGCAGGCACUGCAUCUGCUUGUGCAGCCAUCGACAUACCCAUGCCUGGUCAUGUGCAACUUGGGCCGGCACCGGACAGGCACCGUCAUUGGAUGCUUGCGGAAACUACAGCACUGGAACCUCAGUGCGAUUCUUGAAGAGUACCGUCGAUUCGCUGGUCCCAAAGUGCGUGUCAUGAACGAGCAGUUUAUUGAGCUCUUUGACGAAGAGCUUGUGUUUGGUGAAAAUCAAGCCUGA